GAGCGGAGGUGGAGUCUGAAGGUGGGGAGGGAGAAGAAAGGGGAGAGGAGGAAAACGGGGAAAGGCAGAUAGAACAGAGACGGGGGGAGGACAGUGGAUGAUUUAAAAGUUGCAUUACGACAAACUUAAGAGUUGCGGCGAAGAGGAGUAAAGCAAGAUGAUAACGCCGUACUUCCUAGAGAAUUUCUGGGGGGAAAAAAAUAAUGGCUUUGAUGUGCUGUACCAUAACAUGAAGCAUGGCCAAAUUUCCACCAAGGAGCUGACAGACUUCAUCAGAGAAAGGAGUACUAUUGAAGAGGCUUAUGCCAGGUCAAUGACCAAACUUGCCAAGUCAGCUGGCAACUUUUCUCAACUUGGGACAUUUGCUCCAGUGUGGGAUGUGUUCAAGAGCUCAACAGAGAAGCUGGCCACGUGUCACCUGGAGCUUGUGAGGAAACUACAGGAACUUAUAAAAGAGGUUCAGAAGUAUGUGGAAGAGCAGGCCAAAGCACACAAAAAGACAAAAGAAGAGGUGGCGUCCACCCUGGAGGCUGUCCAGAACAUCCAGACCAUCUCUCAGGCUCUGCAGAAGUCUAAGGAGAUCUACAAUGCCAAAACCGUGGAGCAGGAACGCCUCCGCAAAGAGGGGGCCACCCAGAGAGAUGUGGACAAGGCUGGAGUGAAAGCCAAAAAAGCCACAGAGACUUACAAAUCCUAUGUGGAAAAAUAUGCCACGGCCAAGUCAGAGUUUGAACAGAAGAUGGCAGAAACUGCACAGAAAUUCCAAGACAUUGAGGAAAGCCACAUUCUCCACAUGAAGGAGAUCAUUCAUUCUUAUUCGCAGUCUGUGGAUGAAACACACAUUCAGAUAGGAGAGGUCCACAAUGAAUUUGUGAGGAACAUCGAGAACACAUCAGUGGAGGGCUUAGUACAGAAACUGGCUGAGAGCAAAGGAACGGGCAAGGAGAGACCGGGACCUAUCGAGUUUGAGGAGUGCAAUGCAGCUAUUGCCACUGAAGGUGCCAAACCCAGAAAGAGAAAACCAUUUGGCAUUCCAGGUCGUAGGAAAGACAAGGACACAGACUCCACGGAGUCUACAGAAGUUGAAGCUGCUAACACUGCCAAUGGUGCUCCCCCUGGAUACUAUGGCUCCAUAGACAUCCAGAAUGCGAAUGUUCCUCAAGUUGAUGCCGAGGGCUUCUGUAUCAGACCAGAAGUAAAUGAAAACGAUGCCAAAGAGAAUUCCUUCUAUUCGUCCAGCGACUCAGAAGACGAGGAUGAACCCAGGAAGUUCCACGUACAGAUCAAGCCUGUUCAGCCAAACAAUGGCACGCAUCAGAACCGAGCCACCAUCGACGAGCUUAAGGCCUCCAUUGGAAACAUCAUCCUGUCUCCUUCGACCUCGGGACAGAUGCGGAGGAACCAGUCCAGGAUCAGAGGAGUAUCUACAUUAAGCUCUAAGGCUAAGGGUUCUGGUGAUGAACUAGCAAAAACCAGAGUGCCAAUGUCAUAUGAACUGACGAACAAUGACCUUCUCUCUCUGGACCCGUUCAGCCCAACAGUCGGAUCCUCCUCCUCUGUGACGUCGUCAACAGACCUUGCCUCUAUCUUCUUUUCAAUCCCUCCAUCUCCAUCUUUUCUGAUGAAUGACUCUGACUCAGACGUCUUUCUGCCAGAGGCAUCAGCUGAGACGGUGCCACAACAGGAACCCUCUCCUCCCUUGGCGGAGAGCCAACAAUCCAAAGAUGUCUCCUCUUUCUCUUCAUCCACGUCCUCUCCCUGGGAUUCACCAGAGAACCCUUUCCAAGCACUCAAGCCUGCACCGGCGAGGGCCCAGAGCGCCCCCAUCACCCAGCCCACUGAGCCAGUUGACCCCAUCAAAAGCCCGGCCACUGCCAGCCCUCCAAAGAGCAGCGACGCCUUCUCCUCCGUGUGCUGGUCACAGAGCCAGUGGAUUGCCUUCAGUGAUAAUUUCGCUCUGCCUCGCCGUCAGGGGCCAGGGCCGUCUGUGAAGGAUCUCCAAAGGCCAGUGUCAGGCUCUGCAAGGGCAAGUCGCUUCCUGUCUGAUGACUCUGCUGACACCUACUGUAAAGGGGCGAGUAGCAGAGAGGACAGUAACCUCUGUUUCACUGAUGUCUUCUCUGGGACUACAGAUAGGGCAAUGGCUGCAGCUCCAUCAAGCAAAACAUUUAAUGUGCCAGCACCAAACCGACCUACCACCCCUCUGGCAGCCGGAGCCCUGGUGCCCCCACCACGACCCUCCUCCAGGCCCAAACUCCCCACUGGGAAGCUCACGGGAAUCAAUGAAAUUGUACGACCAUUCAGCCCACCCAAAACAUCCAAUGCGAGCCCUCCUCCUACUGCGCCACUCGCCCGGGCAGAGAGCUCCUCCUCCUUGUCCUCGAACGCCUCACUCAGUGCUGGCAACACCCCCACUGUUGGAGCUGAGCACACCUUUACUCUCCCCCUCUCCUCCCCAGAGCCAGAGCUGCUCUCCCUCUCUCCUUUUUUUCUACUAAGCCAAAAGGAUGAUGUGUUCAUAGCGAAGCUGCCUACCUUUGAGAAGCGGUGUGAAACGCCAGCAGGGACGUCUCGCGGUCCCAGCCCUGUGACUCUGGCAUCCCAAGAUGCUUUGCCCAUUGCCGUGGCCUUCACAGAAUCGGUUAAUGCUUACUUCAAAGGAGCUGAUCCCACUAAGUGCAUUGUAAAGAUCACAGGAGACAUGACGUUGUCGUUCCCGAUGGGCAUUAUCAAGGUGUUCACCACCAACCCCUCUCCAGCCGUCCUCACCUUCAAGCUGAAGAACACCAGCAGGUUGGAGCAGAUCCUACCCAACCAACAGCUAUUAUACAGUGAUCCUUCCCAAAGUGACUCAAAUUCGAAGGACUUCUGGUUCAACAUGCAAGCACUGACGUCCUACCUCAGAAAAGCCUCAGAUCAGAAUCCUUCAGCUUCCUACUAUAAUGUGGACAUCCUAAAAUACCAGGUGCUGUCUGAUGGGAUCCAUUCCACUCCUCUCAACCUGGCUGUAUAUUGGAAGUGUACAGAGAGCACAACAGACCUCCGGGUAGACUACCGCUACAACCCAGAAUCCAUGGACACCCCUGGUCCACUCACCAACGUACAGAUCUUAGUGCCUGUUGACGGAGGAGUCACCAACAAGCAGUCUCUGCCUACCUCCAUAUGGAAUUCAGAGCAGAAUAAGUGUCUCUGGAAGCUGGGCGACAUCUCAGAAAGAUCUGAAAACGAAGGCGCUGGGUCUCUGAGGGCCAAGUUUGAGCUGUCAAAUGGUCCAUCAAACCCCUCCACUCUGGCAGUGCAGUUUAUGAAUGAGGGCAGCACCCUGUCAGGAGUGGAUAUGGAGCUGCAGGGGACUGGAUACAGACUUUCUCUCAACAAAAAGAGAUUUGCCACAGGACGUUAUAUGGCAGAUUGCUGAGGUGACCCACCACUCUGGUUCUCAAGAAAAAAAAAUCUCGCUUGACACAAAACUUGGCAACUUUGCAAGACCUCCUGAACUUCUGGAUCCAUCUGAGCACGGUUGUCACACUUCCACCCAUAAAGCGAGAAUCUGUCUCACUACAAUAAAACAGCACUGAGUAUUGAACACUGUUGAAAGAAAAAAAUAAAAGAAAUCUAAGACGAGCUUUCAGGAAAUCUGUAGAUAUGAAGUCUAAUUAUGCUUUCUGUUCAAUUCAUUUUUGUAUAGUCUGAAACAAUUUAUGAAUUAGCUAUAAAUCUAUAUUGUAUUUGAAAUCAUAAAAAAAGAAAAAAAAGUGCACUAACAAUCUUUCAGAUGCUUUUUCCUCUUAUAUUCAAUUUCUGAGAGAGCCUUUUAGGAAUAUAAAACAAAACCCUUUCUUUGUGGAUGAGAAGAAAAUGUUUCUCUGCAUCUCUCUCUGUCCAAACUGUAAAUAAUAACACUGAAUAUUCUGCUUGACCAGCUCUGACUCGGCUCUCAAAUCAGCUUUGUUUACUGAUUUUUCUCUUUUCAUCCUCAAGAUUUGUCUUUUUUGAUUAUGUGCAAUGAAGGAAUGAAGGUAGAAUCUGUCUUAAAAAAAUGUACUCACACUUGUGGCACAAGCUUGAUCUUUAAAACAAUAUUGAAGUGCUUUUGAGAAAAAAAAUGCAAAAAAAAAAAAAAAUUCUGACCUCAGUGCCUCCUCUUAUACUGUGGAACAACAGGCAACAAAAGCAUGUAAAUGUUUUACCCAGAUUUGGGUUUUUCAGAUUAAGCUACAUUUCUCUGUGGUAAAAAUGCAUGGAGUUCUUUGAACAAUCACCCCUAAAUGGGGUCUGAUCUGUGUGAUCUUUUUAAAAUAGAGCUUUUCGUCCUUGUAAAUUCCCCUUUCAGUCAUAACUCAAGGCUUUUUUUUACACAUUUUUCAGCCUGUCAUUUUUAGUCAUCUUUCAAACUUGCUCAGCAAUUUUGACUGUAAAACAUUUUGUCAAAUGUUAAUUGUUUUUUAAAAACAAACAGAUCAAGGGACAUUACCCCAAAUUUAACUUGCAGCCUUUUUUAAAAACUUGCAGCGUCUUUUUAAAUCAUUUAAUAAUGGAGAAAUGUGCCUAAAUCUAACUUUUCCCUACUCUUUUUUGUAUACUACAGCACAGUUAAUGAGAAUAGCACCAACAAUGUGCCAGUUGUUUUUUUGUUUUUUUUAACUCCUUUAUUUGGAUAUUGAAGGGAAAAUGUCUCCUCUUUUUAAUUCCAACUGUCUUCCAAAAAAUGAAUUGUUUGCCUUCUGUUUGAUCAAUGAACCCUUUUAUAACUGUUUUGUCCUUUUCUAUUCGAUACUCAUCAGUUGACCCUGAUAUUGUCACCCUGCAGUAGACGAUGUUAGCGAGCAGUAGCACCACAAGGCCAAAUUAAUGAUUGAAAUGCCUUAUCACAACUACUCGAUACUGAGUAAUCCAGUGUUGUUGACUGUGGUUAGAUAUUGUGACACAGUACUGCCAUUGCCCUGUGAUAGAUUACUAACCUGUCCUGCCUCUCACCCAGUGCAGCCUCUUGCAGCUAUGAACAGCACAAGCAGGUAUAUAGCAAAUGGAUGGAUGAGUGGAAAAUUGCCACGUUUGACUCUUGGUGCUUCAUUCUUGUCUUUAAAAAAAAAAUGGAGGGCUGCUGCUUUAGAGGAUGUUGUACUUCUUGAUGGAGUACUUCGUCUUUUGUUGGAGAUUGUUGCAUUGACCUCAUCCUCGCAGUGGUCCCAAAAGUGGUUGUUGUGUUGCAAUGUGACACGUUUGGAGACGUGAUAGGUUGCUUGAAAGCUGUGAUUGAAUUUUGCUGAAACCUUAUAGGACAGGAGUUUCGUACACUGUGCAUCGUGUGGCCAACUGACCUCUCAGAUAUGAUUUUAUAAGUUUGCACAUCAGACUUAUUUUGAACCAUGUCCUUAGUGCUAUAACACAUGACUCGUAGGUUUUAACUGGUUUACAAGUGAUUUAAACUCACAUCGAUACUUGAUUCGUUAAACGUCUCACAAAACUGUUAGAAAUAGGUGGUUUCGUUGAUUUCAUACAUUUCUGGCCGUUGUGAUUAUAUGUAGUCAUCCGUUUUCAAUGUUUAUAUGACCCCGUUUUUUACCUGGUUUAAGAUCUAAUUUAGGAGCAGACGCUGAUCUUACAUGGAUUGUGAAAAUGUCCAGUUAAGUUUUGUCUGUACAACUUAAAUUUUCUAUGUGACUGUGGCCUUUAAUAAGCCAAAUGUUUGAAGGCAGUUGAAAUAGGUUUACAAAAAGUCCUAAAACUGUAGCACCAGAUCUUUGUACAGUCACAAGUCAACAUGUCGCUCUGUGUUCUCUCUGAAUUAAUUACAUCGUUUUGGUCAGAUGAGGCACAUGCAUUUUAAACAUGAGUACGCAAAUUCUGUAAUUAUAUUCAGUAUUAGCAAGCUGGUUCUUGCUGUCCCUUCAAAACUUGCUAAAUAAAUUUAUAAGGCUCCUUUUAUGGUCACUUUCCCACUCUUUUUCUUUCUUUAUGUGUUGUAUUAAACAGAGUUUAAAAAGAGCAACUUUGUGUAAAUGAUUCUCAUACAUUUUUACCAAUAUUUCAGCCACUUUUUGUCUCUAUUUUAUGAUUUCUCAUUGUGCCUGUAUUAAAUGUGUAAUAUAUGAAUAUAUACAAAUAUAUGAAAAUGACUACUUUAA